GUUGCAAUUUUUUAUUUUGUUUCCUUUCCAAAUUUUCCGUUAGCUGGUGGAAUCAACUUUUGAUUUGAUUGAUUGAUGAUUUUGAAUGAAACGAUUUUUACGUUCAUUUGGAUUUGAUUUGGUUUGAUUUUUUUAAAGUUAAUUCCACCAGCUAACAUAAGGAAACUACUCACAAUUUUCAUCUGAUUACUUUGCCCCACAUGUGGAUAAAAUGCAACAUUCUCAUUAGUUUUUGAACAAUAAGAGGGCCUUUUCCAAUUGGUGUGUUGAAAAAUAACUUAUCGUGAACUUAUUUAUUCGAUUUAUUACUCGCAUAUAAGAAUAUAAAACUUUUUUUAGUAAAACUUCAUGCUGCAGAAGCCUACUAGAUUCCCGCUAUCAUGCUUAACUAGAAACAAAUUGAAACCCAAUCCCUUACAGUUAUAACACAAUUUCCAAUAACUUCGUCAUCAAGACAGACCUGCGCACUGGGUCUCACAUAAAACGCAUGCGUAUUCACGGUGGCGUCGAACAAAUGACAGUUUUGACAACAAACCCUAAGGAACGUUUUCUCUUCACGAUUAUUUUUAACUAAAGCUAUCUCUGUACAUUAUUACAUAUAUUUUCUCGUAAGUCAUUGUUAAAAACUAUCUGUGCUUGGUUUAGUAUUUUUUUGUGAAAAACUUCGGGAGUUCAGUGAAAGUGAAAGUAUUUUGAGGUUAUUUUCCUUUUAGGAUUGUAUUGUUUUCUUCUUUAGUGUUCUGUGAAUGUAAAUAUCCUUGAAUGGAAUAAAGUGAACGCUUUUGUGAAUUGGAAAAUCUUUAAUUUGUGUUGAAAACUGAAUGAGUUCCUGAUGUGUUUUUCCUGAAAGUGAAAGUUUUCAACAAAGUCUGCGCUGAGUAAAUAGCAGAGCCGUGAGCGGAGUAGACAUAAAGAUUUCAAUCUUCGAAUCUACAGUUCCUAAUCACCUUUAUUCAUACAGGUUGUGAGGAGACCUCAAGAUUAUGGAAGGAAACAAAUUCUCAUGGACACAUUACAUAUGAAACAAGAAGACAAACCCAGUGAUUUCUGAAGGAAAAAGUUUCAAGACGAAACUAAAACAUUAGUCAUGUGAAGGAAACAUUAAAGCUAGAUGCAAACGGUCAUAUCUAUAAAGCAUAUCUUGAAACGCUAAAAGCUUACAUAUCUGAUUCAUUUUAUGCUAGUCACCAUUUGUGAUUAUUCUAGAUAGUAAAGAAUUGCUCAAAUUUUAAAACUUUAAGUUCUAUAAGACUCGAUCUAUUGAAAUGUAUAAAAAUUAGAGUAGAUAUAGAAGCUUGAGAUAAUUAAGAUGAAGUUCUUCAGUAUGUUGUUCUUAAGAAGACGCACGUGGAUAUUGAAGGCCGUGCUGGUAUUAACGGCGUUAUGGUUCAUGGUAGCACUGCUGACUACCAAUGGUAGUAGGAAUUCCUUAGUUGCACCGCCGAUAGAAUACGAGGACGCAGAGGCGAAACCAUACAAGAUGGCGAAACCUACGUCUGUGAAGAAGAAAAGCGAUAAUUAUGGAAAUAAUCUGUCUGAUGCAAAGAAACGGAUCAAUUGGAUGGCUCGGAUUGCUCCUAAAAGUGAGGAAGGUCUAGGUGUGCUAGCAGCGCCUGGAUCAGACAAUGCACCAGGAGAACUAGGAAAGCCUGUGGUUCUUCCGAAGAACAUGAGCGAUGACGCAAGGAUUGCUGUAGCUGAGGGAUGGAAGAAGAAUGCGUUUAAUCAAUACGUCAGCGAUCUCAUAUCGAUUAGGAGGAAACUGCCGGAUCCUAGGGACGAAUGGUGCAAAACACCAGGGCGUUUCCUGGAAGAUCUCCCACAGACGUCCGUUGUGAUCUGUUUCCACAACGAAGCCUGGUCUGUACUGUUACGAACGGUUCACUCCGUGCUCGACCGUUCGCCGGAACAUUUGAUCAAGGAGAUCGUGCUUGUGGAUGAUUUCUCUGAUAUGCCCCACUUGAUGCAACAAUUAGACGACUACAUGUCGUCCCUGCCCAAAGUGCGCAUAGUUCGAGCUCCGCGCCGGGAAGGUUUAAUCAGGGCCCGACUGCUCGGGGCGCGAUACGUGACUGCGCCGGUUCUCACUUAUCUAGACAGCCAUUGCGAGUGUACUGAAGGAUGGCUUGAACCUCUAUUGGACAGGAUAGCGCGAAACAAAACUACCGUCGUAUGCCCCGUAAUCGACGUAAUCGACGACAACACCCUUGAAUACCACUACAGAGACUCCACGUCCGUUAACGUUGGGGGAUUCGACUGGAACCUUCAAUUUAAUUGGCACCCAGUGCCAGCCAGGGAGCGUGCUAGACACUCCAACACUGCUGAAGCAGUAUGGUCUCCAACGAUGGCUGGUGGACUCUUCGCCAUUGACAAAGAAUUCUUCGAAAAAUUGGGAACUUAUGACAGCGGCUUCGAUAUUUGGGGAGGUGAAAAUUUGGAGUUGUCCUUCAAAACUUGGAUGUGCGGUGGGACGCUUGAAAUUGUACCCUGCUCACAUGUUGGACAUAUAUUUAGGAAACGAUCACCGUAUAAGUGGAGGACUGGCGUUAACGUGUUGAAGAAGAACUCAGUUCGACUUGCCGAGGUAUGGUUGGAUGACUACGCAAAAUACUACUACCAAAGAGUUGGCAACGAUAAAGGUGACUUCGGCGACGUCAGUGGCCGAAAAGAGCUGAGGAGAAAACUAGAGUGCAAAUCCUUCGAGUGGUAUCUUAAAAACAUUUAUCCUGAACUCUUCAUCCCUGGCGAGUCAGUGGCCCAUGGCGAGAUUCGAAACGUGGGCUUCCAAAAGACGUGUUUGGAUUCACCAACGCGCAAGUCCGAUCACCAUAAACCCGUCGGACUGUACCCGUGUCACCGGCAAGGCGGCAACCAGUACUGGAUGUACUCGAAAACUGGUGAGAUUCGCCGUGACGAGACGUGCCUGGACUAUUCGGGGCACGACGUGGUGUUGUACCCGUGUCACGGGGCCAAAGGCAACCAGCUGUGGCUCUAUGAUCAAAAUACGAAGCUACUGAAGCAUGGUUCCAGCGAAAAAUGCAUGGCAAUAUCGAAAAACAAGGACAAGAUCACCAUGGAGUCCUGCAACGAAGAGGAUAUCCGACAACUGUGGACCCUCGAGAACUUCCGAGCCGACAGACUAGGCCCAGAACUCAUGUUUAUAUAAACCGAUAGAGUGGGUUCAGAACUACUGUUCAUUUGAACUACGAAUGGGCCCACUGUUACUUCUGCUAUAAAUAUGGACAUUUUGAUAUUGGACACAAUUAUGUGUCUUAGUGUUGAUUAUGAAAUGAAUGAAUCACUUGUUGUUGGAAGCAAUAUGUGCUUAUGUGUGUUUAAAUUUAAAAGUGAUUUUAAAAAUGACGUACUAGUUGAAUUAAAUAGUGGAUCGGUGAAAUCAUAUUGUGAUGAUACUAAUGAACGAUGUUUAGUAGUUUUGGAAAAUAGUGAUGGAACAAUAUUUCAUUCCGUUGUUACUGAAGCCGUGUUGAUGUUGUAAAUGAUUAAAAUGCAUUUUCACUAAAAUGAUAACCUAUAAUUAAAAUAAGAUUGUGAUUAUUUUAGUGAAAUUGUAUUAGUAAAUGUAAUAAAUGUAUGUCCAUAGAUUCUUGAUUUAAUCCCUUUCGAUUAAAUAAGGGUGAUGUAAAUCAACGUACCUAUUUGUACCGUUUAAAUAGUGAUGCAGUUUUUGGCCUAAAUUAUAGGUUCCUUGAGGGCGAGUCGAAACAGAUCUGUUAGCUUUUAUAGUGAUAUUUCUGGUUGAAGAAAUGUCACUGUUCGUAGCUGAGAGAUCAUAUCCAUAACCAUUUCAUAACAAGAUUAUAAAGUUCGAAUCGCCCUCUUUGAUUUACGUGCCAGUGAAUUUUCAGCAAAUCUGUACAGUUUGAUAUUUAACUCCCAUUUCAAUUCCACUGGAAAACCAGUAAUCUCAUUGGUUUAUUUAUUUAAUUUAGUAGGUUUUAAUUGGAUUUUAUAUUGGCAUUAAUAAUUAUAGUAUUGUUAUUUUUUGUUUUUCUAUUUCGUUAUGUUAUUACGUAUUUUAUGAAAAUAUUUAGCUAAAGAGAGUAAAAAUUCAAAAGAUUUGUACAUAUCUUAACAUACAUAUGAUUUUUAUAAAUAGUUAUAUAAAUAAAAGCUUCAUUAAUAUUGCAAACAGCAAUAGUCACAGAUAUUUGUGUAUUUCAAUUUGUGAUUUUUUUAAAGCAUAAAAUAGUACCUAGAUAUCAAUUGACUACAAAACUAGACUUUGAUAGGGUAACGAUACAAAAGUUUGAAUAAUAUUUUGCUCUUUUAUUGAGAAUAGGUAUAGUUUUGUUUAUUUAGUUCUUUUUAGAUCGAAUUUAUUUUCGUGUACAGUCGCAUUCAGAUAUUUCGGAGCUACCAAGGUGCUCAAAAAUAUCCAAACACGCCUCUACUGUCAAGGCGCUAGUGUUCAGAUAUUUUUGAGCACUUCGGCCGCUCCGAUGUAUCUGAUAGUGACUGUACAUGUGUUGAUUAUGAAGAAAUCGUAACUAAAAUUGACUGAAAUUACGUAGAAUAGUUUAACAUGUUCUAGAUGCUCUUCGUCUAAAAUACUUAAAAUAAAUAAUUCAAAUGUAAGAUAAUGAUAGGGAUAACCGUUCACGUACAUAUCUAAAGCAUAUCUGUAUUUUAUCAUAUCGAUUCAACAAAUACUUAAUAAUUUUACCCAUAGAAUAAGGAAUUCCAUUCCGAUCAAUUUAUUGGUUUUCAUCAAGGACCAUACAUUUCAUGCCGUUGACGCAAAAAUGACGUAGUUCAUCAUACAGGCAGUUGUUUUAUAACAUUACAAAUUGAGAUAACUAAUCUAUUGACGCGUAGAAAAAAUAGCACUUGAUACGUAAAAGAAAAAUAUUGAAAAGUCAAAAUAUGUAUUAUUUAAUAAACUAACAAUCUGUUAUUCAGUUGAGUGACAAUAAAAUAAAAUUUAGUUACCUAGACAUUCUAUACUGAUUGUCAAGUAUCUAUGUCGGUUAACUAAAGAGGUUGACAAAUGAUGAACGAUUAUGAAAAUAUGUAUUUGGAAUUUUUCCGUCAACGGCAUGACAAACGGGCCCUGGUUUUAAUAAAACAUCUAAAAUUGAGUUUUUGUACAAAGUAUCCUAAAAAUGAUUUACUAUGUUAUUCUAUAGUCCUCUAUCAACAAGGUCUGGGACUCAUUAAGUUAUCUUUAUUUUCCAUUGCUAUAAGAUAUUUUUCAGAAAAUAGUGUACCCAUUUAGCGUAAGUAGUUAACCCUUUUCCAGGCCCCACCAAUCUACAAGGUUUCCUCAAAAAAUCCAAAUAUAUUCCAAUUAAUCCAGCUUUGAUGAUUCAUUUGAAGACAAGUAACAUUUCCUGAAAGUGUAAUCUAAUUUGAACCUUAAAUCGGAAUGCUAAAGUUGAAAUUCUAUUGGCGAUAAAUCGUACUAUGCCUUGAAAAGGGUCAAGAAAAGUAAAUCGCUGUCAGUUUUGUGACGACGAUUAAAAGGGAAUAAUAGCUUUGCGAUCCUAGCGAAAUAACGGUAUUACCGGUAUCUAUGAAAUUUCAUUUCAGGAGAAACGUUUUCCACUAACUCAAUCUUACCAAAUCACUUUUUUUUUUAUAAGACACCAACAGUACAUAAACAAAGCUAGUAAAGAACAAGUAUAGUGGACACGUACAAUAUCUAUGGUUCUAUGCACCAAUAAUCUAAUUAUCUAAUUAUUAAUUAUCUUCAUAAUCUUGUUGUCCUAUUGUAAGUUUAAAGCUGUUGGUUCUCCUGAACAUAAAUAAAUAAAUAAAUAAAUAAAUAACAGGUGUGCAACAACACUCAACAGUUCGAGGCUUUUUACACUAUAUUAUUAACUACAACUACGAGUAUACAUUAGGUGAUUGAAACAUGAAUAGGAAAAAACUAACUACUACUACUACUACUAUAGUACUUUGGAUGUCGAUCGCUUCAGCAUAAUAUAUUCUAGGUUUCGCUUUAAAAAAAAUAUUUUGCAGAUUAAACCUAUAAACCUAGUUUUCUAUUGUGUCAAUAUCAUACUAAAAAAUUAUGGAGAAUGGAAGAUAUUUAGAAAUGGAAAAACAUUUUCUCUUUUUUUAUGGACGAUCACGUGGUGACGUGAUCAGAUAUUUCCUAAAAAUUUCACGCUAAAGAGGGAAGUAUCACCGUAUUUCCAACCAACCAACCAACUUUUUGCCUUGUAAUAUCGCUUCUUAUAGUUUAUAAAAACAAAAACCCCAAGUUUUUAUUAAAAAUAAAUGCAUAUUUAUUAUUGUGUCAAAACUGGCAGUGAUUAACUUUUCUCGUCAAGUCACGCUAGUUGGAUGCACUACUGUCUGAAUACUCCGAUAUUAAGAUACUUUAACAUUCCUACAACCAUGUGAUUCAAUUAAAUAGUUAUUAGGGCGUACAAAUUCAACUGCCUGUAAAUGUUAUGUGUGGAUACGGUUACAGCUGCGAAAUGGACUUGAUCUAAACUAAAUACACAAGUUUUUCUUUCUUUCUUUUAAAUACUUGCAAUAGUUUCCUGUUUUAUUAAAUUGACAAUUUUCUGAGCUUUUCUAUCGAGUACUGUGUUUAGGCAAUGAGGCUUGCUGAGUUGCCUAAGUAAGGCACGAGAUUGAAAAGCUUGAUUAUAUCACUAUUGUAUACAAUACUUUUUCUACGAGUCAUCAAGUUAUUUUUGUUGAUCAAAAGAAAUAUUUGUUCUAACAAAGGGAGUGACAGGGGAGAGUGGGGUACUGUGCAUCAUGGCUGACAGUGAAUAUUUUGUAAUAACUUUGUCUGUACACAGUACAGGUUUUUCAAAUUCUACGAGACAUUCGUCGCGGGCAUAAAGUGUAAUUAAAAAAAUAUAUGAACGGCGAAAAUACCUGCCAACAAAUAAUUAGUAACUAUGAAAUUCUCCUUAUAACUUAUCUUGUUUAGAUCAUUUACGUUUCGUGCAGCACCGAGCUAUGUAAAUGCGCAGUGACAGACAUGAUUAAUGUCAUUAAUUUAGGCGACAAUUAGAAGACAUCGGCCGAGUCAGCUUCGCCAAAGUCAUUAAGGAUUGACAGCCACGCUGUCAGCUCAAUUUUAACGUAAAUGAGAGUAAUUAGGGGCUAGAAUGUUUUAUGAAUUUUAUGAUUAUAUUAUAAUUUGUUCUGAUUUUUUGAAGCUUUUUCGGAUUGUAUAAACUGAAGUUUUUAGUUUUUAAACGACAUUCGUCUAAAUGGUUUAAUACUGAAGUUAUCAAAAUACGCGCUGCUCAACGCGAACAGUACCCCUAGUGUAAAUUUAUUCGAUAGCGAAACGUGACGUACGCUUUUGCGUUAACUCUCAUUUUGUAUGGGAUUUUGAGUUUCCAAAACGUCCCGCUUGGCGCGCUGUUUCUAAAUCCUAUACAAAAUGAGACUUACCGCAAAAGCGUACGUCACGUUUCGCUAUCGAAUAAAUUUACACUAGGGGCACUGGUCUCAGCACUCUCGGUACUUAAAUAUGGAGACUUAUAGGGAUACACUACUGCACAAAUGUCUGGGGACACUUGUCUGUAAAGUUGCGCGAAGUUACCGGACUUCGCUCGACAUUGCGCGUCACAUGUUGCCCAAGUUCGGAAACCGGUUAAAUUUCCAAACCGUUAUCAUGUACUUGGCGCUAAACCUUUUAAUUUCGGUUUUGCUCGAAAAACCGUUAUUUUUAAACCGGUUUUUAUGAGAACAGUUCUUGUCAAAUUAACCGCUUUCGUCUACGUCGGUGUCCAUGUUUACGUGGCAUACCACCAGGCCAGCCGGCAGUUUCGUUGCUCGUCAAAUAAACCGGUUUUUUAGGUUACAAUAAAGUUCUUAAACCGUUCGCGUUCUUAUAAAAGUUCGGAAGAAAACCGAAAUAAACCGGUAUUUACCGGUAUUUUAUAAACCGGUUCCGAGGCUUGCUGUCACCAGACAUUUAUCUCCUCGUGUAACCCUGGCUUUAAGCGACAGCGACGUGUCGCCAGCGACGUUGGGUGACUUGACAACGUUACCGAACUUCACUCGACAUGUCUGGCAAUAUCGCGCGAUAUAUGUCGCCAGCGGUGGCAGCAUGGUUCCAUUUUUAUCAUCUGUCACUAUGCCCGUCACUUUCGUGCUUAAAUGCUUGUUAUAACGUGAAAGGCACGGUGACAAAUAAUAACGAGCCGACCAUCUUAGCCCUACAGCGUGUUUUGUAAGUCGUGCGUCGCCAGAUAUGUCAGGCGAGGUUUCGCGUACACGUACGACUUUUCCAGACAUGUCGCCGACGCGUGUCGCGGGACAUUCGUCCCCUAAUGUAUCCCUGCGGGCUAAGCACGGUCGCAUGUUUAUCGCCUGUCACCAUGCCUGUCACGUUCUAACAAGUAUGUAAGUGCGAAAGUGACAGACACAAUGACUGGUGAUAAAAAUGCAACCAUGCUGCCAACGCUGACCUCUUUGAAACAUGAUAUCACGACGACGCGUGCCUUGAUUCGUAAUGUCAUGUUAUUAAAGGUUACAUUUUACAAGUCUGCGCGUCAUCGUGGAUGACAUGAACUAUAGGUACUCAAAAAUGCACAGGUUAAACCGUAAAAAAGAAAUAUUUUUUUAACUCUUAUUGCGAAUUUGCAGAUAGGGUGUCGUUUAAGAACUGUUAUUUAAUCCUAGAAAAUAAAAUUAUUAGUUAAGUACCUACUUGAUAGCGCAUAUUUUUUUUUUUUAAGUGAUCUAUUGAAAUAUGCUUUGCAUAAAAGCAUAUUUCAAUGUUGUGUGAUUAAAAAUAACUUUGUUAUUACUGCCAGUAGGUCUUCCUAUUAUCCACAUCAACAUUAUGAAAUCAUUUCAAAAUAAUGUUUUAUAAUAUAUGCUGUCUUGAUUCAUGUAUAUUAUACUUAAACAUUUGUUUAGGACUCACCAGAAUUCAAUAUUUUGCAAAAUGUCGGAUGACUUUUUGCAAAAUAUAACUAUGUUAGUUAUAUUUUGCAAAAACGUCUUCCUCUCUCAUGCAAACAGUAUUUUCCGAUCCUUCAAGUAGGUAUAUUAUAAAUAAAUAAUAACCAUUUAAUUUUGUAUAUUUGACAUUCCGAGUAAGAUAUAAUAAGACUCAUCCAUAACUUAAAUUUGACUCCAUGACUUACUGAAUUCGAUUAAGUAUGCUGAGACAUAAUAUUAAUGUUUUAAUUUCAGCUAGAUAUUAUGUAAUUACUCAUAAAUCACUCGUUAUAUUUAUCACAUUUGAAAGAUAGGUAUCAAUUAAAAUAUUAUUUUGUGUACCUUGCAGAUUUCGACUUGCAAAAAAAAACCGCCUCAGAUGAGAUUUCGGUAGUUCAGCGGUAGAGUACGUACUGGGCCGGUCUCCCAGAGCUGCGAGUUCGAAACUUGCCCGGGGCGAUGAGUUUAUAAAAUUGUAUUGUCUUUCAAUUACUAGUUCAGGCUAUAAAAUACAUAUUGUAAAAUGCCUGACCAGUAAUACGAGUAUAUGAUCACGCGCCAUAUUGCGGAAUUUCAAUUGGAACUAACUUUUUCAUACUCAACUGAUUCUCAUGUAUAGGGUGACAGCACCCUAUACUUGAGAAUAACAGCGCCCUCUUGACAAUGAUCUUUUAUUUCUGGUCGGGCUUUAUAAUUGUGAGGUUGGUCCUACCUAGGAGUCAUCCAUAUAUUACGUCACAGCAACAUGAGGGGGAGUCAUGCCAAAUGUGGCAGUACAUGUUAAACCGACAAGAAAAAGCGUCACAAAGGGCUCCCCCUUCCGGGAGGCUCCGAGGGGAGAUCCAACAACUCGAAAUUUUGUGUCACGUAAUUAAUGGAUAAUGCACUAGAGUUGGAACAAGCUAACUGCAUUGCAUUUGCUACAGCUAAGUGUGGUGAUGUCAUCAUUUGAUGUCAAAUUUCUGUGAAAUUAUGACGUUUACAAUGACACCCGCUCACUUUGUUCUGUUCAAGUCGAUUCGAAAUUAACCGAAACGGACUCUCGGAUAUCAAGCCUUCUGACGUCCAGUUUUUUGCGGGUACGGUUUUAUGCAGGGUCCCGUUUUUAGUAGUAUGUUAUGUGCUCGUAUGAACGUUACUAUAUUAUUUAGAAUGUAUCACUAAACCUUACAAAACAAAGUCCCCCGCCGCGUCUAUCUGUGUAUAUGUAUGUUCGCGAUAAACUCAAAAAGUAAUGAAUGGAUUUUCAUGCGGUUUUCACCUAUCGAUAGCAAGUCUCGGAAACCGGUUAAAUUUCCAAACCGUUAUCAUGUACUUGGCGCAAAUCCUUUUAAUUUCGGUUUACCUCGAAAAACCGUUAUUUAAAACUGGUUUUUAUGAGAACAGUUCUUGUCAAAUUAACCGGUUUAGAAACAUAAAACCCUGUUUCUUCCUAUGUCGGUGUCUAUGUUUACCACUAGGCCGACUGGCCGUUGCGUCAGUCGUCGGAUAAACCGGUUUUUUUAGGUUACAAUAAAGUUCUUAAAACGUUCGCAUUCGCAUAAAAGUUUGGAGGAAAACCGAAAUAAACCGGUAUUUACCGGUAUAUUAAAAACCGGUUCCGAGCCUUGAUCGAUAGAAUGAUUCUUGAGGAAGAUUUAGGUGUAUAAUUUGUUAAGGUUUUUUGUAUCCGCUCGUACUAACUACUCGUAAAUCGGGGUCCUGCGGAAAACCGUAUCCGCGAUAAACUGGACAUCAGUGGGAAAGAGCUUCUUAUACAUAUAUUUAUUUACCUAAACAAUUUAUUUAUAAUAUCACUCAAUCUAUAGGAAAAUGAGAUUACAAUUCGUAAUCUUAGGACCGAAACAGACAGACCGCAGUCAUAUACUGUACGUACACAUGUUGCGAUUGUUAAGCGCUUCGUAUAUUUCGGUCCUAAUAUUUUUGUACAUAUGGUUCCAACUUCGUAAAUUUAGUAACUAUUAAAUUAAAUAUAAUGUCCUAAACGUUGGAAAUAUAGCUGUUAGUUCUUAUUAGGGAGUUAUAAACGUGCCUUAUAUAUUUUACUUAGUUAAUUAAUAUAAAUGAAUGUUGAAAUUUCUGUAUAUAAUGCGAUGUCUCCAAUGAUGUAUUAUACUUAGUAUCAUAGCGUAAUUAUGUUAGAUGGCUAUAAUAUAGUGUUUGUAAAAUAAAACAUUAUGUUGGAUUUGUACAA